CUUGGGCUGCAGAAGGAUUGUGAGAUGCUGUCAGAGCCCUCCUCAGCCAGGGCCUUCCUCAUUUCCCCCACCAGUCGAGUUAGCUACAGAGUUCCAUUCACACCUUAGCCAAGUCCCAACGGUGCUCAAACCUAGCACAAUCUGGGAUGUCCACCCCACCUCCAGUCCACCCUGCCUAGGGACUGGGAAGCACCCCAGCUGCAAUCACCUUCUGCUCGCCCUGAAAAAAUCUAACCUCAUUCUGAUACCACCUCUGGCUCCCCUGGUAAAGUCCAGCUUUGGACUAACGCCGCCUCCAGGGGGAUUCCUGAGUGAGCUGAAUGGGGCCCCUCUCCGGUGUCUGCUGCAUAGUCCAGGUCUCCCCUCAGGCGUCUCGGAUAUCUAGCCUGCUCUGGCACUGUGAAGCCUCAGGACCGCGCCCCGCUUCGGCACCUGUCUGGUACGGCCCUACCCCGGCGGACACCCCCCUCCGGCUUGCUCUAGUACGGUCCAUCCACAGGACCUCCUCCGGCCAACCCCGCAUCCCUUGAUGUCCUUCCUCUGCUUUCGGUCUCCCGGUCCCGGGAGCGCUUUGCCCAUGCAGGCCCCACCCUAUCCUUCUUCCUCACCGCCAUGGUGCGACGCAAAUACCCAGCCGAAAGAACAAGGGAGAUCGAUUGAAACCGCAGACAGCAAGUACCACAUCGGCUGUACGAGCACUUCCUGUGCUCACCAAAGUCGUCAACAAAUGGGACGGAAGUGGAGUACACAUCCUUCCCAAGCCCCGCCUUAUAGCCAGUGGGACUACAUUUCCCAGAAAGCUUUGCGCGGGGGCGGAGGCGGCAGGGAUGCGAUGGCGGAGUCGCUGCCCCUGGAGGUGCUCACAUAUAUUCUGACCUUCCUGCCUCUGUCAGAUCAGAAAGAGGCCUCCCUCGUGAGUCGGGCUUGGUACUGUGCAGCCCAGAAUGCCCUUCGGGAGACAAAUGUGCGGUACAACAUCCCCGUAUCCUCAGCCUCCCUCCCAGCCAUCAAGAGCCUGGGCCUCCGGGGCAUCUCCUGCAUCAGCCUGACCAACGUGGAUAGCUCGCCAGCUUCACACCAGGUGCUGCAGUCUGUCGCCUACCACCUGGGCCCACACCUGCAGAGCUUGUGCCUGGGUGGGGGCAGCCCCACAGAGGCCUCCUUCAUGGCCCUGAUCCUGGGCUGCCCGGCCUUGCGUACCCUUGACCUUAGUGGCUGCAACAGCCUCUUCACCUCAGGCACGCUGCUGGCUCAGCCCGAGAUGGCACAGCGGGUCCGGGAGGCGUUGCACAGCCUUCGGGAGCUCAACCUGGCCGGCCUGCGGGACCUAGCCGACCUCAGCUUCAACCGGCUCAGCAGCUGUGCCCCCAGCCUGGAGCGCCUCUCCUUGGCCUACUGCCACCUCACCUUCGAGCUGAGCCCAGCCCAAGGCUCCAUGGGCCCCCAGGACAGCUGCCCCUCCCUCCUCUCCUUCCGAAACUUGCUGCGAUUUGUGAAGGAGCGGGCUGGUAAGCUGCGUGCCCUAGACCUGAGCGGCACCGGCCUGCUACCUGAGGCCCUGCAGGCCCUGGGACAGGUGCCUGGGCUGCAGUUGCAGGAACUGAGCUUGCACAGCUGCCGGGACCUGUCCACAGAGGCUGUGGCCGCCCUCUGCCGCCAGCAACCAGGUCUUACCUCUCUGGACCUCAGCGGCUGCUCAGAACUGGCUGAUGGGGCGCUCUUGGCCGUGAGCCUUGGCCUGCGGCACCUGCGGCGCCUGAGCCUGAGGAAGCUGCAGCGGCUAACAGACGUGGGAUGUAAGGCCCUAGGGGGCCUGCGGGAGCUGCAGAGCCUCGACAUGGCUGAGUGCUGCCUGGUGAGCGGGCGGGGAUUGGCCCAGGCCUUGGGCUCAGCGCACAGAGCCCCACUCCCACUGACCUCCCUCAGCCUGGCUUACUGCUCCUCACUCAAGCCACGUCAAGAGCUGGAGCUUUGGGCAAUGGGCCCCAAGGAGUUCUCUCCCAAGCCUCAGGGCCCCUCCCUGCUCAUGCUGCAGACCCUGCAAGAGCUGGACCUUACAGCCUGCAGCAAGCUGUCCGAUGCCAGCCUGGCCAAGGUGCUCCAGUUCCCCCAGCUGAGGAGAUUGUCCCUGAGCCUACUGCCAGAAUUCACAGACACAGGCCUAGUAGCUGUGGCCAGGGGCUGCCCCAGCCUGGAGCACUUGGUGCUGAGUCACUGCAGCCUCCUUAGUGAUGAGGGCUGGGCCCAGGCAGCCGGCUCCUGGCCAAGGCUGCAGCACCUCAACCUGUCCAGCUGCAGUCAACUCACCGAGCAAACCCUGGACACCAUUGGGCAGGUGUGCAAGCAACUCCGAGUGUUGGAUGUGGCCAUGUGUCCUGGUAUCAGCAUGGCUGCAGUCAGGCGCUUCCAAGCCCAACUGCCCCAGGUGACCUGCAUCCAGUCCCGCUUCGUGGGAGGGGCUGACCUAAUGUUAACGCUCUGAGGUCAGGUCAGCAGCCAGCCUCGAAGCUCAAAUCCUUUAACCCCUCUAGAGUUCUCCGCCCUGGCCUCUUGAUCUGAGUCUGACUCAGUGUCCCCCGCCUCCCUCUGCUGCAUACCCCCAUAGCCCCUUUCCCAAGCUAUAAACCCCUUUUCUAGGACUGGGGGUGGGACCAAUCCAGGGCAGCCCAGGGGGCUUCCUGCUUCCGUCUAAUCCACAACCAGGAGCGACUUCUUUCCAGCUACGUGCUGCCGCCAUCAGCCCCUAGAAACCACAGCCCCUGCUUUAGUUGGCCAGGCCCCCAAGUUGGCUGGAUCUAGUGCUGGGGAGGAGCAGACUGUGUGCCUCUUGCCCUGCCCUCUUCUCAGACCUGAGGCCUGUGCCCUACCUUGUCCCCUGCCGGCACUCUCCCAGCCCCUACAAGCACUGAACUUUAGCAGCUAAGUCAGUCUUUGUUGUGGACCCAAACAAGAUUAAAAAUUCCACAUCUUACCUCCUUGUCUUAAGCGUCAGACUGAAGGGCACCUCCCCCUCAGCUGAAGAGGCCUAGCCCAGAACAAUGGAGAAAACACCAGAGGCACCUACAUCCUCUGGCCUGGCCCAGAGUCCCACAGGUGCCCCAUGUGGCCUCAAGAAUGGUGUACUAUCGGUUGAUUCUCAGGCAAAGCUAGCUUCUCCCACUGUCCUUCCAAACACCAGCCCCUCAGCUAUCACAGCCAGGUUGUACCCCACACUGUGGCCCUGGCCUGAUGCCCCACUUCAUUCACAGCUAAGUGUGAAAGGCAGAAGGGGAAGACUGGUUGUCACUAAAGCAGGCUUGGCCUACAGGGUUCAGAGCUGGCUAAACACACAGACCCAAGAGCCAAGCCAACUUUUUAUUUCUGCUGCAAUCUCUUCCAGCUAGGGGUGUCUAUGCUUCUCCACUUUCCACCCUCCAAGGCCCCGUCAGGGUUCAGCAAUGCUGCAGUCGUAGCAGAAGUUGAAGUUGGUGGGCGGUGGGGGUAUGGGGGGUGGCUGCUCAGGGAUGGGCACGUUCUCUAGCUCCAACAACCGCAGCUUGGUCUCCAUGGUCAGCAGGAGCUCGAGAUCCAGCCGUGUCUGCUCACUGCCCAUGGGGCUGCCCAGCAGGGCGCUCAGCCCAUCUGUCCACAGGUGGAACUGGGGACAGGGCCAGCUCUGAGGUCCUGCCCCUGCUCAUCUGCCCCCCUGCUCAACUCUGUUCAGCCUUGCCCAACACUCACCUCCCGCUUGGAGGGAGCAAUGAAGUUGAGGUGUGCCUCCUGCUCCCCACGGUCGUAGCUGACUGAGAAAGCUAACUCACAGAGGUCCUGGGGAAGCAGGGGGCAGCAGGAGCAUUAGCAGGGAGCAGGCAGGAAGGAGCCCUGGGCCCCACUGCGCUCACCUUGUUCUGCUUCCCGGAGCCCUUCUCCCGGAUGUGGGGGCAGUCCCUGCCUGUCAGGAGCACCCGGAUGUCGGCCACAGAAACUGCAGGAAGAAGGCUGUGCUGACCACUAGGGCCCAGAUGGCCCCGGGGCAGGGAUCACCUGGGAGACAGAUGUCUGCCGUCUGCCCUGCCCCUGCCCCCUUACGCUGCUCGGGCAGGCUCUCAGGGGGCGGUGGGCUCGCACCCUCCUCCACAUCUCCAUACUGCAGCACCUUGUGGUUGGGGGAUAAGCAGCAGAACCACAGCUUGUCUGUGGGAACAAAGAGAAGAGUGAAGAGUGAUAAAGGCACCCUGGCCCGCCUGCCCUGGCCCCUACCCUGCCUCUGUCCACUCAGUGACCCUGGCGCCGCCGGCUGCUGAUCUUGCGGAAGAGUGUCCCCUCACAGAGGCGGAGCAAACGCUGCUGGCGGAUCAGGCCCAUGAGCUCCGGUUUCAGCUUCUCCCGAAGCUCCCUGGGUAGGGGGAGGAGGGUUCACUGACCAGGACCAUGGAGCACCAGGGAAGGUGGGGGCCAGGACUGGGAGACCCAGGCCCACCAACUCACAGUAUGGGAGGGGCCAGUGUGCCUUCCUGGUGCAGCCGCUCUGUCUGCCGCAGCCGCAGCACUUCCCCGUAGGUAAGCGCGUUCACUUUGGUUCGGAAGAGCUCCAGGGAGGUGGGCUUCAGGGCCAGUGUGCGGGCCAGCUGCUCCCGUACCACCUGCAUGACCUGGGGCCACCCCGAGCCCUGCUCAGUGCUUGUACUCUGGACCCCGACCCUGGCCCAGAUCCCAAGCUCCAACCCUCCCACCUUGUCGAAGUCCUCCUGUGUGGCCCGCAUCUCCUUCCAGGUCUUAUUCAGCAGCUGGAUCCCUACACAGAAGAGCUCGUGGAAGCUUUGGUCUUGGCCGAAGAACAUGGGUGAAAAGUCCUGGGCCGUCUCGGAACCUGGAGCGGGGGGGCAGGAGGGGCUCAGGGAGGUAGUGUGUGUAGCCCCUGGCCCUCUCUGCCCUUCCGUCCCUGUCCCCGGACACACUGUGCCCAGUUCUACUCACAGGGCUCCCCCACGUGGAGCAGCUCACACAGCAGCACAGUCAGCUGGAUGCUGCUUCGGGCAAAAGGACAUUCGUGCUUGUCCUCACGGCUGCUGUUCUCCAACACAAACUGGGGUGGGGGUGGGGAAUGGGGCAGGGAGUCAUGGCUAGGCCAUGGGGGCCUGCCUAGGUGGGGACCCUGCCCUGCCCCACCCAGCCCAUCACUGACCCGGCUGUAGGCGUUGGGCGCGUGUCUGGAGAAGUAGAGCAUGUUGUCCAGGGCCAGCAGUCCAGGGGGCACGCGCUCUAGGUCCUGCGCUGGGUUGCUAUUCUGAGGGACAUUGGCAGCUCAGGAACAGCCCCAGCCCUCAGGAACAACAGGUCUGGGUCAAGGCGGCGGGGGAGCUGGGUAGGGCUAACUCACCGAGAAGCCCAGUUUACGGAACUCGCGGGCACAGAGGGAACGGCGGCGGUCGGCACUCAUCACAGCGCCCGGGGACUCCCUCUCUGGCUCAAAGGCUGCCUGGCGAAGGGCCUGCAGCUGCUCCCGCUGCUCCUGGGGGCAGAGGGGUAGGGUGGUCAAGAUUAUAGUUUUAGGGCCAGGCUGUCCCCAGUCUCAUGCCCUCCAAGCCCUCACCUGGCUGUACGGAUCCAGCGGUGUCCGCAUGCGCGGCUCCAGCAGCCCCAGUGUGAGGGCCUGCAGGACGUACAAGUGGUGAGCCAUCUCGUCGCCCAGUGGUGCUGCACUGUGGAUGAUGUUCUGGGAGACAGCCAGUCCACAGGUGUGAGCAUGGGCAGGGGACCAGGAAACAAGGAGUGCAGAGGGGUCACCCUGGCCCAGUCCUUCCUACCUUAUAGAUGAACUGACGGAAGUUUCUCUGCCAUAGGUAGUCAAGCAUGUGCUGAGGUGGGUGGGAAGGGAACUCAGAUGAUUUAGCCCCACUAUCAGCACCCAGCCUACAGGCUGGGGUGGGCACAGGGCCCACCACCUGCUGCCCACCCUACGAAGCCACCAAGCUGACACUCACCUUACGCUCGGCAGGGCUGGCCCCCUGCAGCAGGGCCGUCAGCAGCGCCAUAGCCUUGGUUUGCAGCUGCUGAUUCAUGCUGUGGCGAGAAGAGGGCUCAGUGGCCACUGAGGGUCUGGCCCAACUCCCUUCCAUCUGCACCCCACCCCUCAACACUUACACCUGAAGGUGCACCAGCAGCCUAUCCAAUGGCACCUC